UUUGAUGAUGGACUAUUAUACAAGCUUGUUUAAAGUUGUGAAAGAAUAUUUUGCUUCAUAUGGCAAGGUUUCUCAUUCUUCAGUGCAUGAAAGUGAAAAAGAUAUUUUGAAUAGAGAAGGGAAUGCUUCUCAAUCUCUUAAUGAGGACGACACAAAAGCUAAAAGUGACAAUGUUGUAGAGAAUGCCGGACAAUCAUCUAAAGUAGAUGACAAUGAAGGAGGAGCUGACGUGUGCUUAAAGGAGGCUGAGAGUGCGUACACAGACAAGGUACAAGAAGAAGAUAGGCAUAAUACAGCUGCUGAAAUAGAUGAGGGAAUAAGGGAUGAGCUCCUAAAGGAAGAAAAUGUUCAUUCAAUGAAAGUGACUUCGGUAGAGAGAUCAAUUUGUGAGAUUAUUCAAGGACUAUACAUUUCAGCAGCAUAUGCUGAAUAUUUAAGUGAUGGACAUCAAAUACCUUCUUCAGAGUUUGAUCCAGAAAUGUAUCGUACCAGAUACACAUCAUUGUUGUGGGGCUAUGGUCUGAACAAGGCAUCUAACGAAUAUGUUGACGACAAUCAGGAUCCACCUAGGCCUAAACGCACUUUCAUUCCAUCUGAGGAUACAGAGAUGAUUGAUGUUGAGAUGUAA